UAAGUUUUGUGACCUACGUUUUCUAAGUUUUCAAACCAGGAUGUGUGGUCUUCCAUCUGCUGGAAAUGUGUUCCUGGCUCUGUACUGAAUGUUGCUGCUUUCCUUGUAAUUUCCUUGCAUUAUUCAAGUUUAAGUCAGCUGUGCGCUCUUCCUGUGUCUGUAUUUACUGACAAACACCCUAAGCCUUCCCACUCCGCCUGAUCUGCCACGUUUGUGCUUACUCUUUCAUCAAUGCACUAAGUUGUCCUAUUUCCUGUAUUUUCUACGGACCGUGAACGCAGCUCUUCGUUAAGCUAACGCUAGCGCUUCCUGCAGUGCUAUGAGUUGAGGAAGACUGAAGUGCUGGGAAUGCAGCCUCCGCUCCCGCCUGAGCCCGUCCGGGAGCUGGUGUGCUCCUGUCUGCACCGAGACCCGGUGGCAGCGGACCUCCGCUGCAGCCUUUUUGCUGCAGCCGCACAGAGCUACAAGAGGGACUCCUUGCUCCGGCCCUUCCCCCCGAGAUACGCAAGUGGUGACAACAAGAACUUUGAGGAGCUGCUAGCGGAUGUGCACUCUUUGCCCGGUGUGAGAGAGUUGGUGCGACUACGAGCCGGCGACGGAGACCAUCAUCUGGCUCUCACUCACUGGAUUCUCUCUUCAAAGAGCUUUGCCGUGAAGACGCUACAGAAAGAUGAGUAUGCCAAACUCUGUGACCUGACGGAACACGAUGGGCUUUCUGCGCCUGUGCCCGACUUCCUGUUUGAGUUGGAGUACUGUGAUCAGAUGAACGCCAGGUUUGAGAAGACAAGGGGAGGUCGAGACGUCUUCUAUGCAUUCCACGGGAGCCGCCUGGAAAACUUUCACUCCAUCAUUCACAAUGGGCUGCACUGCCACCUCAACAAGAACUCAGUGUUUGGAGAGGGGACGUACCUCACCAGUGACCUCAGCAUGGCUGUCCUCUACAGUCCCCACAGCAGCGGCUGGCGAGAAAGUCUUCUGGGUCCACAGCUCAGCUGCGUUGCCUUGUGUGAAGUCAUCGAUCACCCGGAUGUGAAGUGCCAGGUUAAGAAGAAAGAUUCCGAGGUCAUUGACCGCCAGCGCUCCAGAGCAAAGAACAGCGAAGGAGGGGACGUUCCGCAGAAGUACUUUGUAGUCACCAACAAUCAGCUUUUGCGAGUCAAGUACCUGCUUGUGUACUCUCAGAGGAAGCACCUGUCCAGACGUUCCCGAAGCACCUCCUGGCUCCUCAGACAUCAUUUUGCAAUCAUGAUGAGUCUCUACUUUCUGCUGCUCAUAUUCAUCGGUGCCUUUAACUCCAGCGCCUUUGUUUCCUUUUGGAGCCGACUGUUUAGGUGACAAGAAAAAAACAUUGAUUAUCCGCAGUGCCUUCCUGAUCAGAGACGAGCAAAGAUGAAGUUGUAUGCACCUUUUUAUAUACGGACUUCUCUCCACAAUCAUUCUUGCUUCUACAAAUGAGCUUAAUUACUGUUAUUGCAGGAUAAAAGGGGUUUAAAUAGCAAAUAUUGGGAUCAUAUUGUGUAUUUAUAUUUAUUUUUAUGGCCAUUCUGCGGUUGGAAAAUGCAGAGUUUCACCUGUAAUUUGUUUAAGUAAACAUCCUGUUUCAUUGAUCGGGUUUGUUCGUGUUGCGUGAGGACACGGCCCUUCUGUACGACGAAGUCAAAGGAAAAAAACAAAAUUUAGUUUGAAUAACAAGAGUCUUGCGUUAAGAUCGCUUUAUGGACUGUCAUGUGUUAAAGGUGCUAUGUGUAGGAUUUGGUGUUAGGUUGCCGAUUGUAAAGCAACCUAAGCAACUUCUGCCAGUUGCCAAGAGUGACGUGACAACGUGAAUGUCUCUAUCCAUGUUUGUUUGUCCUUUACAGGCUCCGGUAGAAACAUGGCGGACUGCUCCAUGAAGUAGACCUAGGUUAAAAAGAACACAAAAUUACUUUUAUUUACAGGAUGUUGUACACUAAACAAAACAUGCUUUGUAAUUGAAUAUGCAAAUAGACUGUCAAAAUGCUGCACAUUGUUCCUUUUUAAUUGCAGACAAUGAUUAGCACGUUAACUAACUGACCACAGUGACUCAUUGGCGUCGGCGAGGCCUGGCAUUCAGUUGAUGCGUCACUGAUGACGACGUCCCAGUUUAAAUUAUGAAAUGAUUUUGCCUUACUCAUUUAUGGUCGGACCCUUUUUUUACUAUGUGAAUUUAUUCUAAUUUUAAGGCAUUGAAUUUAACUGCUGGGUUUAAAUGAAGGAAAAAUAUUUUUUUUGUGGUUCUCACAUACUGUGUUUAUAAUGAUGGAUAUUAGAAAGGCCACUAAUAACCUCACCCAUAAUUAUUUAGGAUACAAUGUUAAGUAUAGUACAUGAAAUAAA